ACGUGGCAAGAGGUCCGGACGUGACAUAGCUACACAUCAUCUCUCGUCUGAGUUGCGUUACUUACCCACAGACAUCUGCAGGUACUGGUCCUGGAGCAGAGCGAGUCCUGGUCCGCGACCCGAACCAGGAGAAACAAUGUGGCUGAUCGUGCUGGCCGGUUUGCUUCACUGCGCCUCGGCUCACGAUGUGGAUCUGAAGAAACUGGACGGAAUGGCGAAAGCGAGAGUGGAGUCCUGUGGAGGAUGACAGCUGAACAGGCUCAGUGAGGUCAAAGCCUUUGUGGUCCAGGACAUUCCUCUUUACCAUAACCUGGUGAUGAAGCACAUUCCUGGGGCCGACCCUGAGCUUGUCCUCCUGAACCACUAUUAUGAAGAGCUGGAUCGGAUCGCCCUGUCUGACAUGAGUCGCUCUGAGAUCAACGAGCUGCUGGGCGAGCUGGGCUUCUACAAGAAGACCGACCCUGAGGCCGAGGUGCCGGAGGAGUUCCGCUUCUCUCCUGCCAAAGACAGCCCGUUUAAAGACGAGCCGCCCUACAAAUCCCCAAUUGCCUCCCUUGCCACAGACAACGCCUCCUCGGAGCCCAAAGCAGAAGCCAAGCAUACUGACCUAUAACCCGUCAGAGUGGUGAAAAAGUAAGAAUCUCACAGUGCCACUAAGCCCCAUAGCUGCUCCAUGACCAGCUGGUUAAUGUAGUUGACAUAAAUGCUUGUCAUUUCAAAAUAAGACCAGCAGAUCAUGGAUUCGCCUUUGGGCAAGGGCACUAUCUCAGCAUUGGCAAAAGGCCUUUGAAAGGUCCACAGUCUGAAUUUGCACAUUUUGUUCUUGAUGUUUGUUCUUAAUUUAGCAGCAAUUAUAACCCAACGGGCUGCUUUUGAGUGCUUUUCUACUCUCGACACAAAGACUGGAAGUGUGUAUGUUCUUUGUCCCGUCGUGUGUCAACUGUCUUCAGAGUCUUUGCCUCACUUGAGGUCCCCUUGUGUGUCUGAUUGCUUCCUACCUACUGUGAAACUGAAUGAAGCCUCAGGCUGAAAACUGCCUGACUGGCCUGAGGCUGAUGCUACAUGUUCUGGUGGGUUUGACUGAUGCACACAAGAGGGUUCAAGCGGAGGAAAAUAAUAAAAUAUUUAAAAAAAAAAAUCAUCUCAUCGCCUGUCCUUGCUGUGUUGAGAUAAAGAUAUGGCAGUUCUAUUGAGUAUGAAUGAAAGCAUGUUGAACACUCGAUAGGAAUAAUCUUGCGGGUUAUGAGACAAUUAAGAGCAAUUAUCAAAACAAACGCAUUCAUUUCACAAAUUGGUUUAAUUUCAAUUCACAUUUAACUGUGGUGCACAGAAACAUGAAAUUAUAAUGUGUUUAAGCUCUUAUUUACAGCACUCACUGCUCUGUGGAAGGUAUGUUUUUUUUCAGUUGGCAGCGUUGGAAUAAUCCUCAAAUAAUUUCUCUAAAUCUACUUAAACAGAGCUUAACGAAAUAAGUUUCAUCCCGCUCAUUCAGCUCUGAAACCGUCAGAUUUUCAACAUCUUCUCAGAGGAAUCUUAAUCUUACAAGCGGAAUAAAAAUCGCAAUUUCAAAAUUUUCAUUAGCUUCAUGUUGUAAAAUAUACAAUUGGCAGUUAUGUUCAGUCAUGAUUACUCACGUAGAAACAGAAAGCCGGCUUUCAUCAGGCCCUUUAACUUGUCCAAAAAGUGACCAUAAUUAGUUUCACAAAACAAGGUGAUAUCUUGAGCUUAUUCACACACUUUAAAGAAAACCUUUAAAAGCAAAAAGGUACACACUAACAAAAUAAAAAAUAUGAUAUUUCAAAAAUAAUCUACUGGCAUAAAUGA